AUGGCUCCAACCCUCCUGAGCCUGAAGGAGCUUCGCCGCCGCUCCAGGGCCAGCUUCCGAACCAGUAAUUCCACGGACGGCUCGAGCGAUGGCGUCGUGAGCCAGGGAACCUCGCUUUCCAGCGGAUCCGUCACGCCCCCUUCCAUCGCCCAGCAGUCGGACCCGUCGCUCGAUCUUCAGCUCAAGAGCAGCCUCGUCUCCCAGCCGGCGAAUCAAGCCCAGCCGCCGGUCCGCCCCGCGCCGUCCCUAGGGUCGAAUCCCAGCAGGUACAGCGUUUCCGGAAUGUCGGGCCUCGGUGCCCCCCCUGUGCAUGGGAAGACGACGAUGCCGCUGUCCAAGUAUGCACCCAGGGUGCACAACGUGGCGGAAAACUCGUGGGUCUAUCAAAAGGUGCUCCUGAUCUGCGGCACCAUCGGCGAAGCAAGCCUGGCUCCCAUCGACGGCACCGUCACCGUCAGUCGGUACGACGACGGCUUCCCCUCCAUCGGCUGGCCCGUCUGCGAAUCCCACUUCAAGGCUCUCGUCUACAUGCAGCCGGGCCUCAACAAGCUGAGGCUCGACUUCUCGAGCCCGAAACUGGCCAACAGCCAGUCGUCGAAUCCCAUCCACGCCUCCUACCUGACCCUGCACAUGCUGCCGACGCUCAACGCGCCGCCGCUCCAGCUGGCCAUCCUCCUCGGCAAGGACUCGCCGGGAACGUACGAUGCCACGCCCGCGCGCCUCGAGCGAGAGGGAAACGGGCUGGAGACGGCGAUGCGAAAGUUUCGCAUGGCCGCCUACCUCUGGCAGGCCUUCACCGCCGAGCAGAUGUGGCGCCAGAGGCUGGGGAGGCGCGUCUUCGGCUUCGAGGAGGAGUGGUGCUUGGGCACGUCCAACGCGCGUGACGUCGAGAGCGGCACGAUGCGAUCGGAGGCGAGGAUCCACAUCAUCCGCUCCGACCGCACCGUUGCCGAGCUGCGCGACCUGAACAAGGCGCAGCAAAACGACAAGGCGACGGACAAGAACGCGCUCUUCGCCAUCGCCAACGAUGCGGUCAGGGCCCACUUCAAGCCGUCUCCGGGCCAGAGGAUGUACGUCUCCGUCCUCCUGCUCGAUGCCCGCUGGGACGUCGGUGCCAGCACCAUCGCCGGCCAUGCGGCCUUGGGCGGGAACGCCGGCAACAUCCACCUCGCCGUCUUCGGCUCCCAUUGCCUGCAGAGCUACCCCGCGAGCUUCGAGGAGGUCGUGCCGGCCUUCACGGAUUGCACGCUGACCGACACCGACUACGUGGCCAACGACUGCGACGAUGCCGGCAGCUCGUGGGAGGCGGCCAACCUCGGCAUCGGCGCCCACCUGCACGAGACGGGCCACCUGUUCGGCUGUCCCCACCAGGAGAGCGGUGUCAUGCUUCGGGACUACGUCGUCCUCAACCGGACCUUUGUCUCGCGCGAGGCCUUCUCCACCAGGACCAAGUCCAAGGGCGGCCUGGCGCUGCAGGAGGACGAGUGCGGCUGGCAUCGGUUGGAUGCCCUCCGCUUCCGCGCUCACCCUGCCUUCCGUCUCCCCAACGACGCGCCCAUGAACCCGGACGAAAGCGUGCAGGCGUUCGCGACGGAGUCGUCGGCCGUCCUGGUCGUGGCCGCCGCGGGCAUCUCGUUCGUCGAGAUAUUCGGCGAAGGCGACGACGUCUGCCGCUCGUGGAUCGAGUUCCCGACGGAGAACGCGCCGGUGCAACGGCAGGUGACUCUUCACGAGCUCGACCUCCGAGCGCGCCUGCCCGAUGCCAAGCGGAAGGGUCGCAUGAGGAUAUCCAUCAAAUCGCACGGCGGCGGGUCGCUGACCAUCGACGACGUCAAGGAUUUCCUGGGCAAAAAGUCGUUUGUCAAGCUGGGCAACGGCAAGGUGGCCUCGAGGAGCCACCGGCUCGGCGAGUCGGGCACGGAUGGGAGCGAGUCGCAAGAUCUCGUCUUCACGAGCGCCGCCGAGCAUGGCAGGGUGAUGUCGCGCAUCAUCGUCUACCACGGCUCGGCCGUCGACGGCAUCGAGUUCGUCUACGACGACGAGUCGACGCAGCACUUUGGCAUGAAGAACGGGCAGCAAGGCGGCGGUACGCUUGAGUUUGAUAUCAGGCGUGGCGAGUAUCUUUGCGGCUUUGUCGUGCGAGCCGGUCACUGGAUCGAUGCCGUGCAAAUCCUGACGAGUCUCGGACGAAAAUCACCCAUGUUUGGCAACGCCCGCGGCGGAUCUGCCCCCUCUUCCCGCAGUCACACCUUGAUACCGCCCCGCGGUUACUCCAUCUGCGGCAUCUCGGGCUCCUUUGGCUCUUUGGUCGAUGGAUUCUCCAUUCUCAUCAAGCGAUAA